AGGACCCCACAGUCCACUAUGGCGGCGCCCGAUGGAACUUUAAACUGUGAGGACUUUUCAAUGUUUCAGGAAGUGCUGAAGGUGAUGCGUACCAUUGAUGAUCGCAUCGUCCAUGCCCUGAACACCACUGUGCCCACAGUCUCCUUCUCAGGCAAAGUGGACGCCACACAAACAUGCAAGCAGCUCUAUGAAUCAAUGAUGGAGGCCCAUCUGAGCAGAGACAGGGCUAUCAAGGCUUGUAUAGCCCAAACUUCUGAGGUGGUGGGACAGCUUCGUGAAGAGCGAGCGAAGGACAGCGACAACCUGGCACUUAUCAAACAGCUCAGAAAGGAGCAGACCAAAUUAAAGCUUAUGCAAUCAGAACUGAAUGUUGAAGAGGUUGUGAACGAUAGAAGCCUGAAGGUUUUCAGUGAAAGGUGCAGAAUUCACUACACGCCUCCAAAGGUGAAAUGAGUCUCUGAGUAAUGAGAGAAACUGCUUUACUUGAGGUUUGAAUCCAGACUGGAGUUGAAACUGUGACCUGCUGCUGAGUCCUGACUGCAGGCGGUUCACCAUCCAGACCACUCUGACCUCCAGCCACCAUCGUUAUAUUCCAUUGUGACUAUUGUACUUCCACCAUUGUUAGUCAUCUGUGUGCUUCUUCAAGGAGAAACAUUGUACAGAAGAGUUUUUUUUAAAAGAGAAUGAAAUGUUUUCAAAUGA